CGCGGAUCUCUUGCCACCGUGGAAGGAUGCCUGAGGCUGUAGAGUUGCGCUUUGGAGGAGGAGCUUUUCAUCGCAGGGCGCUCUGUUUCUGUCUGGUUGUCUAGCUGUAGACCUUGAAGGCUUCCAUCCGGACGGUGCAGAAGGCUCCCAAGGAUCUCUGCAAACAGACACCGAGACAAGGGGCUUUUGGUGCUGUCUCAUUGGUUGGUUGUUGGAAGUGUAGUGGUCCUCUGCAGCCCUCUGAAGCGGUUUCAGCAAGAUAUCGGGCAACUGCCAAGUACCUCUAGUUCGUAAACUUUUUUGGGCAAGUGAACAGCAGGCCUGCGGGAAGUUCUCCUCCUGUCACAGGAUGGCGACUUCCUCGCAGAUUGGGAGGCUGGGAGGCCUGGGCUCUGUUGCCCAUGCUCCUCUCAGCCAGUCAGCAGAAAGAGGUGGGCGGACAAGGAGAGGGCAGGCUGCUCUUUCCCCUGUCCUGCCUCUCCGGUCAUUCCAGGCGUCUUCCUUCAACCUUCCUCAACUCAGAUCGGGUCCUGUGCUCAAGCCUCAGCAUUUCGCUGCUGCAGGGUGCUUGCAGCAAGGAUGUAGCAAACUAGGUUUUAGUUCGUUCACAGGGCUGGCUUUGCCAGCAGUUAGCAGCAACGAAAGGUUGGUUCGGGAGAGGCAGGGUGCACUCCAUGUGGUCAGCGAAGCUGGGGUUGCGGAUGAGCAGGACCGCGGGGAGAGGCAGGAGCCUAUUUCUGGCUUCAGCAAGGAGAUGAUGGUUCCUACAUCCAUGGCCAAGAUUGGGACACAGUUUGGGGGUGGCUCGGCAACCCUGGAAAGGGGGAAACUAGAUUUGUCGAAGGAGGCGGCAACAGCCACGCCAAAGGUGGACGAUGGUUCAGGCGGAGGUAACAAAGGGAAGGAUUUGAACAACGGAGGUGGCGACGGUGGGGAUGAUGGGGGUGACGAUGAUGACUAUUUCGACGAUUUUGACGAUGACGGCGAUGGUGGAGACGAUGGUUUCUUUGGCAGGAGAACAGAGAUUGUGGAGCUUUUUGACCGGGAAACAAUCGAAGCCGUUCUACAGGAGUGGUAUCGCACAGUUACUGGUCUGCCUAGUGGCGUUCGGCGAGCUGUUGAAAUGGGCAUGGUGAGCUCUGCUCAGCUGGUCCGAUUACUAAACACAGAUUGUCGACCGACAAUAGCACGAGCAGUCACCAGGCACACCCCUCCAGAUUUCGCAAGGGCUUUCUUGGGAAGAUUGAUGGCAGACCCCGCAUUCCUUUGGAAGCUGAGUCUGGAGCAGGCAUUUACCAUCGGAAACGCGGCAUACUGGGAGAUUAAGCAAAGAGGGUCAAGGCUCAAGGACGAGUGGGACCUGGCGGUCGUCAACGUGCUGACGCUCGCGGCCGCGAACAUGGUGAUCAACUGGUCGGUCGCGCCGUGCCGCAAGUACCACGAGCCGUUCCGGUGGGAGUGGCAGAACACGCUGCAAAAGCUCCCGCACAACGCGUUUGACAAGUCGUACAAGUUCGCCGAGCUCUCCAAGCUCGACCGCUUCUACGGCUUCGCCUACAAGUCGGCGGAGCUCUGCGCAAUCGGGAGCGUUCUUGGGAGUGUCGGUGGGCUGGUCCAAAACGCGCUGGUGUCGGUCCGGCAGAAGAUCAAUCCGAAGUAUAGGCCGUCGGUUGCGGUGCCGUCGGUUGGGGUUAGCAGCUUGGGUUACGGCGCCUUCAUGGGGCUGUCGGGUAACCUGCGGUACCAGCUCAUUGGUGGGCUUGAGCGGUUCAUGGGGGCAAAGUACUCGAACCUCGGGUUUAUCACACUUGUGACGACGGCAGCCAGAUUUAGCAACGUGCGGCUAGGAGAGCCCACCCGUCUGCACUGGUUGGGGAUGGACUCCGGCGCCGCGGCAUUCCGCCGGAAAUCCGCAGCCGCUGGCGGGCUGCUCGACAAAGCCGGUGCUUUCUUCAAGAAGAAGGGUGUGAAGAUGACGGUGAAAGGGAAGGGCAAGGGCAAGGGGAAGCUGAAGGCAAAGGCGUCACCAGCACCAGCAACGCAAGCACCAGAAGCCCCACAAGAGCCGAAAAAGCCGCGAUAUCGGGUCAGGAAACGACCUGAAUUGCAAGCAGUAGCAGCGUAGAGUCGAACAGACAGCAGGGCAUUUUGUAACAUUAAGCUGAGACCGAAUAGCAACUUGUAGGACAAGGAAAGGCCAACGGGAAAAGGUCCUUGAGCAAGAGCAGUUUUGUUCAAUUGGCAACCUGAUUCAUUGAACAGAGUCCCUAUAUGUGUCACUACUGACCUUGAUAUCAAACGUUUCUCUCUUAUGAGGUCUGCGCACCAUAUGUCAUUCAGCCA